AUAUUUAAUAAAAAAGCAUAUCUAUUCUUUGUUAAAAAAUUUAGUUCAUCAUUUUAUUAUUCCAAUAAUAAUAACUCAGUACUCAGUCUAUUGUAAUUUUGAAAACGAUUUCUUAAGCAAAAUAAAUUCCGUACAAAACUCAUUAUUGACUCCAACUUUAAAAUCAAAAAUUAAUGGCACGCUCAAUAUUCAAUAGUGCUCAAACAUAAACAGAUUUCAGCGAACUGCGAACAAAGGGAGCUCGGAUCUAGACUCAAAUUUCAGUUAGGUUUCCCAGGCUAGCGAUCAAUAGGACCCUCGCAUCCCGCCGCGCCAGCGCGCAUGCGCAGCGGCCAUCUUACUCCACUCCCGUACACGGCAGAACGCCGACUUGACUUGCAAUAUUAAAAACAAAACAAACGUGACUUAAAAUCAUCAAAAAUGGGGAAAAUGAACCCGAAUCGUGACACCGUGGAUGAUUUUUCAGAUGCGGAGGACAUGAUGGAAUCUAUUGACGAAUUGAAAGAAAGGCUCUCUUCCAUGAAGAAGAUGAUGGAGGAGCGGAAGGCCGCGGGCUCCGGGACUAAGGACCUGUUCCAAGGUCACGCUCCUAGCCUACGCGGGACAACAAUGAUCGAUGGCAACUUCCUAAGCUUCGUUUUCGGAGGCUCCCUCUUCGUAAUCCUAAGUGUAUCUGUCUACGCCUUCUAUAACCUAUACCAUGCCGUACUCAAGAAAUUCCCUUCGACCCACACCGAAUUGUAAUUUGGACCUUUUUCAGACAUUAUAAGGUUUAUUUGUGAUUGACGCAAAAUUGUGGAGGAAAGGACUAUUUGUUUUUGGUAGUUCGGCAUCAUUAAAGUCUGAUCGAAUUUU